CAACUGGCUGUUUGCGACUUCUGUAGACGAGGCUUUAAAGACUGAUUGGUCGACACGCAAGUUACUUUUACGCAAGUUACGCCGCAUAUGAAGUUAGCUUUAUCCGCAUUUCGUCUUUUUCCACAUAACUACACGAAUCAAUCAAAUUUUACUAGAAAGAGACAGAACGAGACUUCAACUCUUCUUCCCAUCGUAAAGUUUCCGUCUUAUUUUUUCAUUUUCUUCCGAUGUCAAUGGUGCGUUUGACGUUGUCAUGCGGAUUGGCACAGAUAAGAUAAGAUGGUCAAGAGAAAUAACUAGCAUCUUCUGACGGCGAUCCAGGAUCUAGUGAUCCAAACGCAAUAGAGAGGAACAUAGAGGAACAAGAGGAACACCGAAUAGGAAGGAGCGAUGCUCGAAAGGCUCUUAUUUACGUUUUGUUAAGGAAGAUUCCCGCGCGGGGACAGAGCCGCGGGCACUGUGUUUUCCGUCUGAUACUGAUAAGGAGAAGAAGUUCGCGAUUUGUACGAGUCCGCUCUAUCUUUGACAAGAGAUGUCCGACGGCAUGGAACGCGAGAAAAAUGAGAGGUUAACCGCGAGGGAAAUCGAGGAGGAAGAGAUGAAGCGCGAACUCACAGGUAUAGGAAUAUAUGAGCCAGGAAUCUCGUAUAAAGAAAUGAAAAGAUUACUCGAAUUUGUCAACGAGUCUCAAGAUACAUCGAAUGUUACUUCUAAUAAUAAAAAUAUGCAAGAGGAGACACAACAUUCCGAUAACGAAUGCCUAUCAGAUAUUACAUCCAACAUGAAUGUGCAGCAAGAGAUGACCUUGCAGGAAUGUACGGAGAUGCCAAGACCGUCGUAUUCGUACAAAUUGAAUCGCACAUCUCCAAUGAUGCACGAACGUAAGACCGUUCACUGUAUCAAUAAUCCGGAAUCUCCGUCCCUUUUCGAAGCAAGGAAUCCUGUGUACAGACGUAAGAGUUCCGACAGCGACGAGCUGUUUGAUGUUACCAAUUCCACGCACAGUACAAAUCGAUUCUCUUCAUCGAGAUUGAACAACGCAUCGCGGGAGUACCAGAAUACCGCCGCGGCGGAGAAAAAAACGGGAGCACAGGAUGCGCAGAGCGAGGUCGUCCAGAAACUGGAGAGAUGGCGGCUGAAUCCGCUCGACGUCUGCGUCAAUGAAAACGACGUGCCUUUGCGACCGCCAGCUCGAUCUUUGGCUCGGGAACGUACGCCAUUUCAGCAUUGCAAAGAGGCGCACGUGCCCGAUCAGUGCGACCAAGUGAUACGGUCCGUGAGCCAGCACUUGAAGGAAAUGGCGGAUUUGUGGUACACUUGGCGACCCAUUACCAAUUCAAUAUUUCAGUGGGGGUCACCCAUUCAGGUCGGCCCCGCUAACAGUAGUUUGGAUAAAAAAUCAUUAACAGAAUCUAAGACUGAACCGACCAUCAAAUCAACGGAAUGUACAUACCGAGACGGUUAUGAACGAGCUAGUAAACGUAAAGCGAAUACUAUCAUCGGUAGGCUGAAUACAAAGAGUUCCACUGAGGACGAGGACGACGAUCGGUAUGACUUUGUUUGUGUUAGAAAAAAGAGAGUUAAAUCUGAUAAAUCAAACAAUAUAAAAGGUGAUACGAACCAGAAUGCGCACGCCAGUUAUAAAAAAGCAACAAAACAUUCGAACGUGAUCACGAAUGACGUAUUAAGUGAUGAAAAUACUGACACAGAAAUUAACAGUGAGAAUGUUAAACAUCUAGGUUCUAAAACUAGAACCGAUGAAAAGGACGAAAAAAUGUCGCCUGAAUUAACCACGUAUCCUAGAAGAAUAACACCUCCCAAUCCUAAAGCGCGUUUAAUUCUGAAUAAACAAAGAAGAGUGAACGCUAAGGCGGCUCCAAAGACGAGACACGCUAAUGAAAAUAAAGUUAAACAGGUGAGAAAUAAAAAAAAGGAUAAUACAUUGACAGAAGAAGAAAUCCGUCAGAAACUGGAAGAUGACUGGAACGAUGAGGAAGAGGAUGCAGUGGAAAAGGAUGUGGAAAUUCGGCCGCUGCCAAUACCAAGAAACUUACGAUCUAGAUUACGACAGAAACAGUUACCAGUUAACAAAACAAAAACAACGAAGUUGGAGAAGGUGCAGGAGACAACGAAUAAGGAAGAAGAUAGUGAUGAGGAGCCAAACAAGAAAAAGAGACUGAAAGUUUUCGAACAAGAGAAGAAAGAAGAAUUAUGCGAAAUAGAAAAUAAAAAUGGAAGCUGGGAACAUCAACUUUUAUCCGAUGAUGAGGACAAAUCAUCUAAGAUGGAUCGAGAAGUUGAUACGCAGAAUAGCAAUCAAUCCAAUAAUGUACCUACUUCAGUGAAGAAUGUGAACUGUCCUAUAUGUAAUAAAUUAUUUCCACAUAAUGAGAUAGAAGGUCACGCCGCUUAUUGCGAUCAAUUUGAGACAAAUAACGAAAAGGAUGAUAAUGAGAGUAAUCAAUUUGGAUGUAAUAUAUGCAACAAAUAUAAGACAAGCAAUGGAAUGGAAUAUGAAGAGCACGUACAACAAUGUAUAAGUAAUAGGAUAAAUCAAAAGCCACAUGGUAGAUUGUUAUGGCACACUUCAUUGUACGUAUCACCUGUUGAAAUGAAGUUCUUGAUUUUGGCAUUGGGAAUUUCAUUUUUGAUCACUGUACAUUGUCAAGUUAUAACUUUAAAUGGCGCAUGGACAGGGACCAUUAAUAUCUGCGAUAAAAAGUCUUUCAGAGAAUGUAACAAUGAUAUCAAUUUUAACGCUACUGUUCCUGGGGGAAUUUAUACAGAUUUAUAUAAGAAUAAUAUAAUAGAGGACAAUUUGCUUGGAAAAAAUGAUAUUAAUAAUCGUUGGGUCGGAAAUCAAUCCGUGAUUUACACGAAAAGUUUUGACGUGAGCGUUGAUUUUCUCAAAGCUCACAAGAUAAUCUUGGUUUUUCACGGGAUUGAUACGUUCGCUAACGUUUCUUUAAACAAUCAUGCGCUCGGAGAAACUUCAAAUAUGUUUUUAAAAUAUAAUUUUGACGUGACAGAUUUCAUCAAGAACGGACAGAAUCUACUGAAAGUCACAUUUUGUUCGGCUGUUAAAGUAGCCGAAGAUUUAUACAAUGAGCAAAAGAAAAAGUAUAUUGUACCGCCAGUGUGCGUACCUAAAGAGUAUAAUGGACAAUGCCAUAUGAAUCAUAUUCGUAAGAUGCAAGCCAGUUUCUCAUGGGAUUGGGGACCUGCUUUUCCCUCAAUUGGUAUUUGGAAAGAUGUUGAAUUGAUUCCUGUUAAUGAUAUAUUCAUCAAUGACAUUACGACUGACAUACACAAAGAGAAUAAUACCUGGAACGUUCUCGUCACAAUAUUUCUUGAGGUAGCGCAGAGCAAGGAUGAACAAGUCACAAGUAUCAGUUGUCAUGUAGCGUCGAUAUUACACAUUUCACAAAACAAACUUAUCAGUAAUACCAAUGAGGUUUUACUUGAUGCAAGUGAAAAAUAUAUAAAUGUUUCACUUAUUGUACCUGUGGAUGUCGUUGAGACCUGGUGGCCGAAUGGUUACGGCAAACAACAUCUGUAUUACAUGACUGUUAUUGUGACAACAGCAGACAGUGUAUUAUACAAGCACAUUCGUGUAGGCUUUAGAACGGUGGAGCUGGUGGAAGAACCUCUGAAAAAAGGGUUAAGCUUCUACUUUCGGAUAAAUGGCGUACCGAUUUUUGCUAAAGGCAGCAAUUUUAUUCCAGCCAGUGUCUUUCCCGAGCUAGGUGCUAAAGAAGACACUAUUAGGCACUUGCUGUUGUCAGCCAAGGAAACCCACAUGAAUAUGCUAAGAGUGUGGGGCGGUGGCGUCUACGAAUCGAAAUUAUUUUACGACCUGGCUGACGAGUACGGAAUUAUGAUUUGGCAGGAUUUCAUGUUUGCGUGUGCUAUGUAUCCCACGAGCGAUUCGUUUUUGGAGAGUGUGAAGGCAGAAAUAUUGCAAAAUGUGAUACGUUUGAAAAAUCAUCCGAGUAUCGUGCUUUGGGCUGGUAAUAACGAAAACGAGGCAGCGCUUUAUGGGAAUUGGUAUGGUACUGGUACCGCUCAGGUUUAUAAAGAAGAUUACGUAAAACUUUACGUGAAUCUAUUGAAAACGGAAAUAGAGAAAUUGGAUCCUGUAAGACCAUUUGUCGUGUCCAGUCCGGGCAACGGGGCGUAUGAAAAAACAUACAAUUAUACUGGAGUAAACCCUUAUUCGAAUUUCUAUGGCGAUGUUCAUUAUUAUAACUAUCUCAGAAAUGGAUGGGAUAUCACUCAAUAUCCUCGGACAAGAUUUUGCUCUGAAUACGGAUUUCAAUCUUGGCCAUCGAUAUACACAAUAGCGACCGCUAUACAAAGCACGAAAGAUCUUCGCGUCGACAGUGACUUCGUCAAGCACAGACAACAUCUGCCGCUCGGCAAUCAAUAUAUGCUGCAUCUGAUCUUGCAUAAUUUUGCUAUACCACAAAGUAACGAUAGCAUUCAAGAUUUCACGAAUUAUGUAUAUCUCAGUCAGAUCAAUCAAGCUGUCUCUAUAAGGAUAGAGACAGAAGCGUACAGGCAAGCCAAGUCCGAGGUAAAUUCUAUUGGUGAGGGUAUGACAAUGGGAGCUCUCUAUUGGCAGCUAAACGAUGUCUGGCAAGCUCCGUCGUGGUCUUCCAUAGAUAUCAAAGGUCGUUGGAAGAUGCUCCAUUAUUAUGCCAAAGAUUUCUUUGCACCCAUUAUCGUUACACCACAUUUAUCCACGUCCAACGAACUCUCGAUAUAUGUGAUAUCCGAUCGAUUAUAUACCUUAACAAAUUGUACAGUAAAAAUUGAUUUCUACAAAUGGGAAUCCAUGAAAUCUAUAUUCACAUUAUUCUUCAAUGAUAUUGUAAUAGAAUCUAAUAAAGCUAUAAAAAUUACAUCUUUUUGGUUGGACAAAUUCCUGUUUCAAGUGGGUUGUGGAUCAUUAAAAUUCGCCAAGAAAUCUUGCAUAGCCACUUUAUCUCUCACAAAUAAAUCUGGAUCUUUGAUUGCUCCAAUUAAUUACGUAUAUCCUGAUGCGUUAAAAAAUGCGGAUGUACCAGUAGCCAAUGUCACUAUAAGGAUAGAAAAGAAUCACUUACCUGGAGAACUUUCCAAUUAUGCAGAUUUCAAAAUUAUAUUAUCGACAGAUAACAUAGCGUUAUUCGUGUGGUUAGAAGUGGGCAAUAUACAUGGUCGUUUUUCGGAAAAUGGUUUUCAUAUGUUCAUAAAAGAGAAAGAAAUUAUUUUCCACGCGUACGAAGCAACUUCGGCUGAAUUAUUGCAGAGCAACAUAAAACUCACUCAUUUAUCAGACAUUUACAAUGUGCAAUAACAAUUUUGACGAUAACUACUUGUUAAAAAAAGGCAAAUUUAAAUUAGUAACGCAUAAAAUUUAUCGUGAGGCAGAUAAUUGCUAUUACAAUUAAAUUGUUUGAGAAACAACAUGAGUAAAAAAUAUCUCACUUUUGGAGAAUUGGAAAAAUUUAGUUUUUAUUAUACCAGUGUUAUUUAAAAUAAUUAAAAAUAUGUUUAAAAUAUGCUUUAUUUCAUCUCGUACAUUAAAUGUCACUUUUUGUGAUGUAAAAUUUAUUUUUUUAAAUAAUUUUGAAAAUUUUGAUUUAUAAUUUUUAAUAAAAUGAGUAUUUUCGUACAUGUAAAAUAACAUUUAAUUGGAAAAUUUUUUAAAUAUAUUCUUCUAUAGAUUUUAUAAAAUAAUAGAUUAUAUCUUAAGAUAUUUAACUUUAUUGUUGAAAAAUGUGCAAUUCAUAAGGGAUAGCAAACAUGUAACAUUAAAUUUCAGGAUGCUAAAAUGACUCGUUAUUGCUUGUACUUUUAUAGAAUAUAAUGUAAGGAAAACAAUUAUUGAUUUAUGAUGUUUCUUAUGUAAAUAACAUAAAAUAGAUCUGAAAUCUAGAGAAGAAAUUAACUCUGUGACUGUGUGAAAAAAUUGUAUAUCCAUUUUUCCUUCUAAAUUUCCUACCAUCUUAAUUUCGACAAAAAUUGAUUUGUUGUUUCUCAAAUAACCAGUUGUAUAUACAAUAUUUUUGUGAAAAAUACUACAUAAAUUUUUAAUUGC